AAAGGGAUCAUCUUGUUGGUGCAUUCGUGCGGUAACGGGAGGAGACAAUAAACGUCUCCGUCGUUUACAUAGCUGAAAACUUCCUUUCCCAGUAUCUGUUACAAUUCAACAUUCACGCUCCAAAGUUCAAACCUCACUUCAGAUUUUGUUUACUGGCUGGGAGAUUAAAUGGUAUUGGAUUUUAAUGUUGAGGUUGCUGGCUGAAUUUCAGAAGGAAAGUGUUCAAAGGAUCCAAUCCAUACAUGAGACGCAAUGGCAACAAACACACUCAUGUUAGCUUCAAUGUGUUAUUAUUGCUGCCACUGUGAUUCAUGAAUAAGUCACUGUCUCAAAAGAUAUGGAGCUGUUUUCUUCCAGUGCAUCUUUGGUUUGAAAUUUAUGUAAUUUUCUCUGAAAAGUGAUUACUAGUUUCCUUGAACAAUAAUGGAAGCAGCAAAGGUUCUUUCACACUGCAAAACUGCCCCUUUUGGUUUCUCUAUCGUGAGCAACAAAGUGUCUCUAAGACCUUUCAACAAACAUUUUCAUGCUGAUGUACUUGCUAACAGACCCAAGAACAUUAGUUUUCAAUUGAAUUGCACCUUUGGAAACCCUUCUUCCUCAGUAUCAAAACCAGCAAGAAAAAGGGCUGAUUUGUUACAUUUUCCCAGAUGCUCAAUUUCCAGUAAUGCCAGCACUGAAUCUCAAAAUUCAGUCAUAGAUUUCUUCAGAAAUCUAUCAUUUGAUUCAAUAAAAGCUACUCUCCUGCAGUUGACUCCAAUUGAUGUUGUAAAGUGGUCUGGGAUAUUAUGCAUCAUAACCGCAGCCACAAAAUGGACUAAGAAUAUGCUUUUCAGUCCCUUCUUUUGGAUGUAUUUUAGCUGGACCUGGUUGUUCUGGCCUUGGAUGGUGGCCGUAGUGCUUGCAGUCUAUGGGUUAUAUUGCUUUCGGAAACAUCUGCAUGGUGAGGCAAACAUAUUUGAGCAAUUGGCAAUUGUUACAUCAGUUUUUACGUGGCUCACUCUUGUUCCACCUGGUCAUUUCAAUGGCUACCUUGAAGGCUGGCCUUAUGUUUUCUUUUUUGUGUAUCAUUAUUUCUUUUUCUUCAAUGUCAGUGUUAGAAAGCGGUUAUAUGGAGAUUAUUUUGCUAGGCCCCAUGACCCAAAGUGGGAUGUGAACUUGCCGACAUGGUCUCGCCUAUUGUUCAGCACAGGAGUCAUGGUUGGCCAUUGGCUUGCAGCAUUUGAAGGGCCUGAGCUUCACCUCAUACCGGGUGGGUGGAGCAAUCUUGGAAUCUGGGCUUUAAUCAUUACAACUCUGCUAAUGCAGUAUAACGCAACAUUGUAUCUCGCCAAGUAUUCAGAAAAUGUGGUGGAGCCAACUGCUGUUGUGCAAUUUGGACCUUAUCGUUGGGUCCGUCAUCCAAUAUAUUCAUCAACCAUGCUUUUGUUUGUAACAUACUGCAUUGCACUUCGAGCACCUCUGAGUCUGCUAUUUAUUCUAGCAGUAUGCUUGUUGUAUUAUAAGCAGAAGGCAGAGAGGGAAGAGGAUUUGAUGGUUGAGACUUUUGGCCAGAGUUACACAGAAUAUGCAAGCAAAGUUAAGUACAAGCUUAUUCCUUUUAUCUAUUAGUUGAUCUCCAGAAGUUUAGUCAGUCAUCAAAAUCUGAUUGUAAUGUCAGGUUUAGGCAAAAGAUAGUACCAAUUCUCAAAAUCCAAGUGUAUGUCUUUGUUUACUCUUUACUUUGUUAUCUUUAGUGUUUUUAACUUACCUUAAAUUAUGGCAUCCUGUGUCCUUGUGGUGAUUACAGUUUGCUAUUUUAGGUUUUCGAUGAUGUUUUGUUUCAUAUAAGCUUAGAUGGUUUAAUGUGUCUUUGCUCAGAACAUGCAAACUUUGACUAUAUAAAUCUUUUGUCUAUAUUGAGCUGUGUGCC